AUGAGUAACACGGAUUUUCUGGGGCGGGCGAUUGAUACGGUUAAGAAAGCCAUCGAACACGACAAUGAGGGCGAGUACGAGAAGGCCUACCAACUCUACUACUCCUCCCUGGAGCUGUUUAUGCUGGCCCUGAAGUGGGAGAAAAACCCCAAAUCCAAGGAAAUGAUCCGCGCAAAGACAGGCGAAUACAUGGACCGCGCAGAGAAACUGAAGAACCACUUGGCCCAAUCAGACAGUCGAAAGAAACCGAGUGCGGUGGGCGCCAACGGCAGCGUGGCCCAAGGAAGUGGAAAGGGCGGGAAGGAGGACGAUGACGGAGAGGACGCAGAUUCGAAGAAACUACGAUCUGCCCUUGCUGGGGCGAUCUUGUCGGAUAAGCCCAAUGUCAAAUGGGAGGAUGUUGCGGGCCUGGAGAGUGCCAAAGAGGCCUUGAAAGAGGCGGUCAUCCUACCAAUCAAGUUCCCUCACCUCUUCACAGGUAAACGUCAGCCAUGGAAGGGCAUUCUCCUCUAUGGACCCCCUGGUACAGGAAAGUCGUAUCUUGCCAAGGCCGUCGCAACGGAAGCAAACAGUACAUUCUUCAGCGUGAGCAGCAGUGAUCUAGUGUCAAAAUGGAUGGGUGAGAGUGAGAGACUAGUAAAGCAACUGUUCAACAUGGCCCGCGAAAAUAAGCCGGCCAUUAUUUUCAUCGACGAGGUCGACGCCCUAUGUGGCCCUCGUGGCGAAGGUGAAUCGGAGGCAUCGCGCCGAAUCAAGACUGAACUGCUGGUACAGAUGGAUGGAGUAGGCAAAGACUCUAAGGGUGUGUUGAUUUUAGGCGCAACAAAUAUCCCGUGGCAGCUCGAUGCUGCCAUUCGACGCCGAUUCCAACGAAGGGUUCAUAUCAGUCUGCCAGAUGUCAACGCACGAAUGAAGAUGUUCAUGCUGUCUGUAGGCUCGACGCCAUGCGAAAUGACACAGGCCGAUUACCGGAAUCUCGCAGAUAUGAGCGAAGGGUAUUCCGGCAGCGAUAUCAGCAUCGCUGUCCAAGAUGCAUUGAUGCAGCCAAUCCGCAAAAUUCAGACGGCAACGCACUACAAAAAGGUCUUCCUUGACGGUGUGGAGAAAUUGACCCCGUGCUCGCCAGGGGAUAGCGGUGCCAUAGAGAUGUCAUGGACGAACGUCGAGGCAGAGCAGCUGCUGGAACCACCCCUUGUGCUCAAAGACUUCAUCAAAGCGGUACGCAAUUCUCGACCUACGGUCAGCCAAGAGGAUCUCAAGAGGAACGAGGAGUGGACCGAGGAGUUUGGAAGCGAGGGAGCUUAA